AUUCCCACACAUCAACUAAACCCCCCUUCCCCCCUCUCUAAAAUCUAAUCUUUCUAUCUUCUCUUUCAACCCUCACCCAUCCGCCUAAACCCUUUCCCUUCCAUUUUAUGAACGUACUACAUCCUCAAGACAUGAAAAACACGACACCCCACCAGCCGCCAGAACAACCCAACGAAACUCAGCAGCCCGACCACGAUGGAACAAGCUCUGGGAUGGAAACAUGUCAUGUGAAGUGUCGUGGGUCUUCACCGGCUCCGGAAGUAGGAGCGGAUCAUGAGGUUAAAGAAGAAGAAGCAAUGAGGGCGGAUGAAUCUGAAGAAGACAAUGGACGGGAGAAACUGAAGAGGCAUAGGAUUGAAGUGGCGGGCAAUGUUUGGAUUCCUGACAUAUGGGGUCAAGAAGAGCUUUUGAAGGAUUGGAUUGAUUGUUCUGCAUUUAAUGAUUCUUUGGUGCCUCAUGGGAUCAUGUCAGCUCGUGCUGCUUUGGUUGAGGAAGGAAGAAGAGCCAAUUCUGGCGGAUUUAGAAUAGAAAACAGGUGUUAAAAUUAUUAUUAUUAUUAUUAUUAUAUAUUAUUAUUUCCUUUCGUGUGUUUUAGUUAAUCAAGAUUGAGAUAAAAAAAAAAGGAUACAUUUUAAUAAUGGAUGGUUUGAUUUCAUUUUCUGCUUUA